AUGGCUUUUGUUCUCCAACUACAACUGAUACUGCAAGGACAUAUCAAGGGGAUUGCAUUUGCUACACUAGGUCUAGUCCUUAGUUCAACCUCAGAUAGAACACUAUCUCAGAUUACAAUAGUCCAACAAUCAGAAUUAAUCUCCAUACCUGUUGGACAGCCAAUGAUUUUGGUGCUUGAAGACUUACGAGUUAUCCAGUAUGCAACCAAGAUUCCAGAAGUUAAGACCUAUGCAACUUGUACCUCAUCAUCAUAUUUCAUAUCUGUUAUCCACCCAUCUUGCUUAAGUCUUUCAACUUGA